AUGAACGGAACAGAGGGCAGCAACUUCUACAUCCCCAUGUCCAACAGGACUGGGCUGGUCAGGAGUCCAUAUGAAUACGAGCAGUACUACCUGGCUGAUCCAUGGCAGUUCAAAAUUUUGACAGCCUAUAUGUUUUUCCUGAUCUGCACCGGUCUGCCAAUCAACGUCUUGACCCUGGUGGUGACAGCUCUGCACAAGAAACUCCGACAGCCUCUCAACUUCAUCUUGGUCAACCUGGCUGUGGCCGGAACCAUCAUGUGCUUGUUUGGAUUUACCGUCACUUUCGUCACAUCCAUCAAUGGCUACUUUGUUUUUGGACCUCUGGGCUGUGCUAUUGAGGGCUUCAUGGCUACUCUUGGAGGUCAAGUGUCUCUGUGGUCACUUGUGGUGUUGGCCAUUGAGAGGUACAUCGUUGUCUGUAAGCCCAUGGGCAGCUUUAAGUUCGGUGCCAAUCAUGCCGGCGCUGGAGUGGCAUUCACAUGGAUCAUGGCGAGCACUUGUGCUGUGCCACCACUGGUCGGCUGGUCCAGGUACAUCCCUGAGGGAAUGCAGUGCUCCUGUGGUCCUGACUAUUACACCCUGAGCCCUGAAUUCAACAACGAAUCUUAUGUCAUGUACAUGUUCAGCUGCCAUUUCUGUAUUCCUGUCACCACUAUUUUCUUCACCUAUGGAAGUCUUGUCUGCACAGUCAAAGCGGCUGCAGCUCAACAGCAGGACUCAGCCUCCACCCAGAAGGCAGAGAAGGAAGUGACACGCAUGUGCAUCUUGAUGGUUCUGGGUUUCCUCACCGCAUGGACACCCUAUGCUUCUGUCGCUGCCUGGAUUUUCUUCAACAAGGGAGCUGCUUUCAGUGCUCAGUUCAUGGCUGUCCCUGCCUUUUUCUCCAAGUCCUCAGCCUUGUUCAACCCAGUCAUCUAUGUGCUGCUCAACAAACAGUUCCGAGGCUGCAUGAUGCAGACCGUCCUUGGCAAAGUCCCAGAGGAUGAGAUGUCAGUGUCUACAAGCAAGACAGAAGUGUCCUCAGUGGGUCCUGCAUAG